UUGUCGUUAAACCACGUUGUGUAAACACGUGGGCUAGUUGGUAUUUCAAAAUAUAAGUGAAAAGUAACUGAGAAAAUAUCUGUUCCAUUACUUAAGUACCAUCAAAGAUAAUAUCUUUAGCACAGUGCAGCCAAGAAAAUACUCGUCAAAGAUUUUAUAAACGAUUCAACACUUGGAGUCCUGCUCUUGAAGGUACUGUAAUUGUCUUGGACGUUUAGCAUCAUCACUCAGCCUUUCUUUGAAGAGAUGGAGAAUCCAGAACUGUAUAUAAAUCAUAUAUUAUCUCAUCAGAUGAAAUAUUAUCGUCAUUUAUUGGACACGUACUUUCCACAUAUUCUCCAUAGUACGAACCACGGCAAGUCAGUGCUAGACAUAGGCUGCGGCCCUGGAAAAACGACUCACGACCUUAUUCUUCCCUACCUGGAACAAGAAGUUAAAGAAGUUAUUGGAAUUGAUAUUUCCAAAACAAUGCUCGACUACGCGAAGAAAACGUACGAAGACGAUCGACUUAGCUUUGAGAAAGUUGAUGUAUUAGACGUUCCCGAUAAAUUUGUAGGUCGCUUCGACUACAUAUUUUCUUUUAUGACAUUCCAUUGGAUAGAGGAUUAUAGAAAACUAUAUUCUAACAUUUUAAAAAUGUUGAAGCCGAACGGAGGCUUUCUUGCCACUUAUGUAUCUUCUAGUACAUCGUCUCGUAUCAUUAAAGAACUUCGUAAUAAUGAAAAGUAUGCACCUUAUUGUACCAACUACCAACAGGUAUUGAAACCGGGAAUGCCAGAAAAGGAAUUAACUAGCCUUUUAGAAGAUAUAGGAUUUGAAAGUGUCUUCUGUCAAGUAAAGGCAAUUCGUUUUGAAGGUUAUAGUAGGGAGGACUUAGAAGGUCGUUUCAUUACAAUAAAUCCGUUUUACGAUUUGGUUCCCAAUCAUUUACAAAAGGAAUUCUUAGCAGACCACGUUGAUCGAGUUGAUUCGGUGAUUGAUGAUAAUGGCAUAAGAAAGUAUUACCUUAAUGACAACUUGUUUGUAGUACAUGGCCGGAAAAUAAACUCAAAAUAGACGCAUUUUGCUUAAAACAAUCUGCCAUAUCCCUAGUAUCCUUCCUAACACUUUGAACGCAGCAUCGUCUAUUCAUCUUAGGUGCCUCUAUUCUCUAACGCAUAACGAUGUUGUUACAUAGCGAAUAUCGUUCG